UGCUCGUACGACCUGACCUUGUUUUCAAUACUUUAUAACCUCUUCUUCCCCCUCAUCAUCGAUUCAAUUUGAAGAUCAACCUUUCAUCAAGUCAAUCAUCUUCUUCAACUUUUCAUCAACCACUUCAACCACUUGAACAAUUCAACAUCAUAUCGUUUUGAUAUACCUCUUCAGUCGCAAUCAUGUCAACACCAGAAAUUCCUAUCAUCAAAGUGUUAUUCACACUUCAUGCUGGCAUGGAUGCUUUGGAUUUUAUCGGUCCCCUUGAAGUCCUUAGCCGUGCUCAGCAUGAUGUUAAUGAUCCAAAAUCCAAGGCAUUCGAUUGCAAGUUCGUUGCUGCCGAGGAAUUUACCAUCUCCAAUCAAGGAGCUGCAUUCCGUGCUCACUUCAAUUACAAAGAUGCUUAUGCCACUCUUUCUCAAUACGACAUCCUCAUCGUCCCAGGUGGUGGAUCUGAUCAAGUCCUCAAGAACAAAGCUGAACCUCUUGGUCUCAUCAGAGCUUUCUCUGAUUUGCAGAAGAAACAUCCUGAAAAGGAACGCACACUUCUAUCCAUCUGCACUGGCUCUCUCUUCCUUGCUCAACAAGGUAUCCUUCACGGUCUUUCAGCUACCACUCACCCCGACUACUUCGCCAAAUUCGAAAACAUCAAUAGUGAGGCCGCACAAAGAGACUUGGCAGAACGUUGUGAUGUUGUUGAGGAGAGAUAUGUGGUGAAUAAUCUUCGAUUUGAUAUUGAUUCUCCAGAGGAGAGUCAAUACGUUCGUCGCAAGUCUGAUGCUAGACGUCCAUCAAAUGCUCGUAAGGGCUCCAAUGCUUGGAAGGAAUCAAACAAUCGUCGUGAAAGUAAUGCUCGUAGAGCUGCUUUACGACUUGGUGGUCUUCGAGUCAUCACCACUGGAGCCAUUACAUGUGGACUUGAUGCUAGUUUGUAUCUUGUCAGCGUUAUGGUCAAUGAAGAGACUGCUGGUGAGAUUGCUAAGUUUAUGGAGUAUGAAUGGAAGAAGGGUAUUGUUGUUGAUGGAAUUGACAUCUAAGGCGUUUGGAGUUGGAAUGAAAGAAUGUGUUCUGCAAUAAAGCAUAGAAUACAAUGGCUAGAUAAAUAGCUUCGGACGGUAAUUGGGAACGGAAUGGAUGGACGAACGGAUAUGGGUUAUGACGAUAUGAUAUUUCAAUGGAUAUAUAGCUUAGCUAUACUUACAAUCUCAACUUUUUUUGCUCCAUAUA